ACCUGUAUACGAGUUGGUCUGUGUACGACUUGACUGUAAAUCAGUAAAUGUAUACCAGUCCACCUUGUGUGUGAUAAGGCAUCGAUAAGUAUGAUUACUUCACAUUGUGUUGAAUUAUUAACAAUCAAUUAUCAUAGUAGUAUAAUUAGAAUUAUGUUUUGCAUUGAAUGUGGGGUGGUUUUAGGCCCCACAAACAAGUUUUGUGGUUCAUGUGGCGCCCCAGUCUGUGUCAAAAGGAAAGUAACAAAAGAACCUGACACAGCCAAACCAGGGCCAUCAAAAUCUUUUGAUGAGUCAGCAAAAGGAUGCUUCUCGCCAAAUGGAAGUCCAUCUUUGCAUAAGAAGAGAGAAGAGGUACAGUCCAAACUUGACUUUUUAAAGGCCAAGUUUUUGGAUAGUAAGAAAAAAAUGUCCAGCAAAAGAUUAGGUGGACACACUAAAUCUUCAGGGUUGGAGAUUUUGGAAGUCCGUUUUUUGGACAACCGUGGAAAGAGGCUGCAGAGGGUGAUAAAUGGCAGCUCGUCAUUAUUACUGGAAGUGGAAUCUUCCAGUGCCGUCCCGGAGUGGAUGGCUCUCUUAAGUGCAAAGUUCAAGACACAGAUUCCUAUGGAAGCGAUGGUAUUUAAAGAGCACAAAUUCAUUGCACUCAAAGAUACGACAAGCGUAGAAGAUUUAAAGAACCUAUCGAAGGGAAAGAGGAAACAUUUUGGUUUUUUUGUUCAAGUGCAUGCCUAGCGUUUUCAGCUGGAUAUGCGUGGAGGUCGAUCCUGAAAUUCUCCCCCCCGUUUUCCACUUGGAGUGUCGCACACCCACCAACUGCCCUAACCCCAGUUGCCCGCACAUUUAUGAACUAAAAAACAACUUCAAAGUGAAAGUGGGGGACUUGCCAAAUAUAUUAUACCUGCGUGAAGGGUAUUUUGCCACAGAAGAAACUUUCACUGGAUUUGGGGAUGUUCUCAUGUAACAAGAGAAUAUAAAUUUGUAGCAGGUUUUUUUUUCUUUUCCCCAUCACAUUUGUAUAGAGUACCAUUUUUCAUUAUUGAGCACUUGAUAUCAUUAUGAGCAGAGAUUUUUUUUCAUAGACAGCAAUAUGGCUGCUUUGUAUCAACCAUUAAUAGAGCGAAUAAAAAAACAGAAAAUAUUAUCAAUGCAUGGAUUUGGAAAGGAUUAAUGUUUGGAAUGAUCCUGUACAAUUUAAUAAACAUAAGAAAUAACACAA